AUGCCGUUCGGCCUCCUCAGGGUGUUCAGCGUCGUCAUCCCCUUCCUGUACGUGGGCACGCAGAUCAGCAAGAACUUCGCGGCGCUGCUCGAGGAGCACGACAUCUUCGUCCCCGAGGACGACGACGACGACGACUAG